AUGUCGAGCCCCAUUGCCAUCCCCAUCUCCAACACUUCCCGCCGUGUCGCUAUGGUCGCGCGCUCGCUCCCGGCACCCACCACUGGCGGCUUGUACGUACCUGUACACCGCCGCGGCGCAUCCGCGUCGUCUCUUCCCGAGCACUCCGUCCUCCAUUCGAGGCGCCCCUCAUCCCCUAUCAGCGUUAACCGCUUUGACCUUCUCGCGUUGGCGGAUAUACCCCCUGCAUCAACGAUACCCCAAACACACACUUAUUCACUCACCUCGCUCUUGUCUCUUUCAUCAUCACCCCACGCCGGCCUCUCCCCUUCCCAACACGCCCAAGUCGCCGCCCACCUUCCCCUCAUGCUCGCUCGUUCAUCAUCACCUUCGCGAACAGCGAAGCCCAAACCCGCGGAGAGUGUAGAUGUCGAUGCGCCGGCAAGGGCUGAUGCGCCGGCGAAGACGGACGUGGCGCGCAGACGGCGCACGGGGCGAAAAUCCAGCAGCGCCAAGGCGCGCAUGCCUUCCGCUGUCGGCGCGGACGUCGAGGGCAGGCGGCGGCGCACCGCAUACGGCGCGGGAUGGGGCUGGAGUGCGGCGGAGCGCGUCACCGGCCAGCGGGUCGACUUCGGGAGGGUGCCGCAGCGGGAGGAGAGUUGGCGUGCGACGCGAGUGCUUGCGGCGACAGCGUGAGCGGCGGAUAGGUGGAGGCGGUCGCAGGACGUUGGCAGGGCGGAAGAGUGGACACUUGUUCUGCGCCGCAUCGGAUGUAGUGUAGCCUAUUUUGUAUGUACGAUCAGGAUAAUUCGGUGGAAUGACGCACUACUUAC